ACAAGAAUACUACUAGAUCUAGAUCUAUAUUUAUAUUAUGUAAUGGGACAAAUAUGCACGUAGGUUUAACCUUAAAGAGCUGAGGCUAAUUUAAAGUUCCGCGUAGGCCAUCCAAACUAGCAAACAAGCAAUGAAUAAGGACUUUUUGCCAGGCUGACAGCCUAGUGUGUGACCAAGGAGCGUUUUGAUUGGCUGGGAAUGACCUCAGAAAUUUGGGGGGGAUGGGGUCACUUUUAAGUAUUGUCGCAUGGAUGAUGAUUGAGGGAGGUGGUUGUAAAUGUAUUUUAACAUAGCACUUGAAUGAAUAGUGUCAUAAUGCUCACAAAACUUCAGAGCAACACUACUAGAUCUAGAUCCAUAGGGAUAUUACUCUCUUUCAUUCAUUGCGUUCUAUUUUUCGUAGAUGAUUUCUUACAUAGUGCGGAUUUUCGUGGACCUGACUACAAAUAAAUGAUUGUUUCCAAUAUAAAUAGAUGCCUAAAUACAAAAUAAUAGUGUUUGUAAACAAAAAGGGCAAACAGUAACAUUUUAAAAUGCAAACAAACAAUUGGCAAAUUUAAAAAUUAUAAUGGAGUUUUUUCAAGGAGUAGCAGUGUAAAAGAUCAACUGUUAUACUGGAGUUGGAACACCUCCAACAGAAACUCAGUUUUAUGAAUAAUAAUCAAAAUCAAUUAAACUGCUGCCUGUGAUAUUAUUGUUUGGCUGGUUUGAAUGUUAGAUCUACAUAGCUUUCUCAAGGAAAUAAGUCAUUGUGAAAAACUGCCUGACAGUAUUGAAUUUGAUCUUUAAUUUAUUGUCAACAAAAAAAAACAUGACCAUGGAUUAUCAUAAUCCCUUCAAUGUUUACUCAGAGUAUUAUUGCCCACCAUAUCAAGCAUCUGGUUAUCAGUAUUCUUCACAUAGGCAGCUCCAUCCUUCUCAAAUGCAGCAGCACCAGCAGCAUUCUGCAAUGCCACAGAGAAACUAUAAUAAUAACAUUAUUGGUCCUCCUACACAUCAGCAGCAACCAAUAAGAAAUCAACUUUAUUAUCCACAGCAUCAGAACCCAAAUCACCAUUCUAUGCCAUCCAGCUAUUCACCGUAUGUGCCUAAUUUCUUAGUCUCAUCUGGCACUGGCCUAACGCCAACCCUGACCCCAACUACACUUGCUAACAUAGAACAAACAUUUAUGGAAUUGCAUUCAAAUCAGCAAAAUGGAAGCCGUGAUCCUGUGACACAAAGUGGCUUUGUUCCUCCUGUGGUUGAUCCUGGUCACAGUGCCGAUGUUUCACAAGACAGUCUAGAUUACUCUUCUGAGUAUUCAGAUGCUGAAUGGGAACCCAGGGCUAAGCGAGGGCGUUUAUCACAAGACUACAAGAAUGUUGACAUCAUUGUGACAUCUACUGGAACCAUUAAUGCUGCUCCACAACGAAAAUAUACCAGAAGAAAUAAAGAUGAGAAGCUUCCACCAGAGGAAGAAGAAAGACGUCGAGUGAGGCGAGAACGCAAUAAAAUAGCAGCUGCCAAGUGCAGACAGAGGAGAGUUGACCACACCAAUGAGCUGGUUGAGGAAACUGAGAAGCUGGAGGCAGAGCAGAGCCAGCUGGAGUCUGAGAUCCACAGUCUGCAGCAGGAGAAGGACCAGCUGGAGUUCAUCCUGCAGGCCCACCAGCCCUUGUGCAAGGUGGACGCCCAGAGGCUGAGAGGCUCCAAAGUGAAGCAGGAGCCAUCAGGCAACCACCACCCACCCUGUGGCUCCCUGGCCCACUCCCACCACGACACCCCUGCCCCUGAGAACCUGAGCAUGUCCCAGACAUCAUCUUCCUUUGCCACCAACCUGUCCACAGCGGUGACUACCUCAGCCUCUGGGGGCCUGGAGACCCCAGUCAUCACCUCACGCCCCAACACCCUGCCACUCAUCAAGAGGGAGCGUGCUCGCAUGCUCUCUGUCACCUCGGCUACUGGAGUGACCAUCAACACUCCGACCUCUGGCGUGUCCAUCACGCCCUCGUCCCUCUUCUGUCCUGGCCUGGACAGUAUGGUGGAUGGCUCGACUGGCCUGACCCCCCUAACUGGCAUGUCCUGUUCCAGCCAGGUCCAGAGGAACUCAAGUGAGAGCAGUUCUGAGGCUGUGGGCUCCCCUACCCUCAUAUCCCUAUGACCAUAUGAAUGUGCCAACACUAGAGGGAAAAAGAAGGUUGCUUCAAAAACCAUAAACCAAUCCAAAUAAUUCAAUAGAAGAAGGGAUUUUACUAUACAAACAUACCUCAAGAUAUUACAGAUCUAGUUAGUUGGCUUUAUGUUUUGUACUAAUCAGAACUAAGAAAAAUGUUUGAUAACAAAUAGAAGAGUAUUUAUAUAAAUGGAGAAAAUCUAUCUGAAUCUCUUGCUCUCACCAAAUGCUGUCAUUGCUAGUUUUUACACAAUUAUUUUUUGUCUACCAGCCUUAUGAGAACAUUGAUAGGUUGAUUGUGAACUAUCAUGAGCAAACAUUGUCAAUGAUUUGGACAAAACUUUGAAUGUCUUAUAUUUUCACAAGUGGAGCUUUGAACAUUCAAUCUACGAGCUGUGCUGUAUUUAGGUGUCUGCUUGAGAAAACUGAUGUGCAAUAUUUGGUAUUCCUCAUAAUACAAUCUGGAUGAAGCGGCUGUGACAUUGGAUUUGUGUUGCGUCAAGUUUCAAUGUUUUGCAGCAACAUGCAUUGUUUCAUCAUUGUGGUUUUUUUUAUAUUUGAUAUAAAACUUUGACAUUUGAUGAAAGUUCUUUACAAGCUUAAUGCAAAUGUAUUAUUUACUGGGCUUUUGGCCUUUUGAUCAUGUCUUGUUCUCACCAUCUGUUACUUGCAUACAUAGAAAUACCACUGAGCUUGUAGAUUUAUAUUGAACAUGUGUCGUUCAAGAUCAAGAUUCUAGUUUUCAUCGUACUGGCAUUUGAGAAGUGGCAAUGCUGUUACAUUUGUUGACACAUUACAGUCUUGCACGGUGGUGGCGGACAUAUCAUUCUCUUUGGUUUCAAGAGUUGUAUACAUUUUACACAAUAAUUUAUCCAUGAUUAUCUUCCCCUGACCUUCCAUCUGUUGAUUGCUUUUUUCUUGAUGUAAACUCCCCAUCUGGUUGAGUAGGUUGUUGCAGUCUUGUUUGUUAGCUAGUACAUCCAUGGAUCAGGAAGAAGGAGGUAGCCUUUAGUUUUGGAUCAUGAAAUAUAGACUGGGAAGAUAAAGUUAAAUCAUGAGCAAUUUGCCUAGAGUGGGUUGGAGAAGGCUGGCGUAGAGUGAGGCUAUACAAUAUUUGGAGUCUCCCCUUGUUCCCUUAACGUUGGUCUCUUGUGUGAAGUGUCAUUAGCUAGUGGUUACAGAGCUGUUGCUAGUGGUUACAGAGCUGUUGCUAGUGGUUACAGAGCUGUUGCUAGUGGUUACAGAGCUGUCGCUAGUGGUUACAGAGUUGUGGCUAGUGGUUACAGAGCUGUCGCUAGUGGUUACAGAGCUGUCGCUAGUGGUUACAGAGCUGUCGCUAGUGGUUACAGAGCUGUGGCUAGUGGUUGCAGAGCUGUCGCUAGUGGUUACAGAGCUGUCGCUAGUGGUUACAGAGUUGUGGCUUGCAUGUUGUAGCUGAGUAUUGUUCACAUCUCCAUAGUGUUGCAUGUUGGUGGCCGUGUUGUUGUUGUACUUUCUGUUUAUUUAUAUGUUGUGGUUAUCCCAGCUUCAUCAUACUUUGUUUUAUUCAGAUGGGUUUUUUAUUGUACUGCUGAUGAUAUGCAUCAUUUAUAUUUAUUGUACGCAAUUUAUAACAUGCAUUGAAAACUUUUAAAUAUGUAAAAAUAAACUAUUGUAUUUUAUUUUAUUUUGAUACACACUGUUUUUUGUUUACAUCAAGUUAUAGAUAAAAAUAAACUAUUUUAUACAUAACCAGAUGUAGUUAAGAAUGUGAAAUACAGCCAUUGUAUAAAUAGGCUAUUGUGUGAAUCAGCUAAGAGCAAGUUCUGAAGUGGAGAUGUUGCAAUGAACCAUGACAGAAUUAGUCAUCUGCUAACGUGUUCUCCUUUACUCACAGAACAUCUUUCUUCCACUGGGUCAAAGUGGUCUACAUCGAACCUUCUCACACCAUCACUUGUUGUGCCAUCCAGCCAUUAAAUGCAAAUAAUUGAUCAUGCUAUUUUGUUACCCUCGUAGGACAUGGUGGGAUUUGUCUGUCUGUCUGGGUGCUGAAUUUAAACAUGUCAUUUCCAAUAAGAAUGUAAUUGUGUCAAUGAAAAAUGAAUGUGUGCAAGAGGUCAUGUGAGGUUGUGUGAGGUCAUGUGAGGUUGUGUGUGAGGUCCCACUGUGCUCCUACAGGACUAUGCAAUAUCAUUCCAUGAGAGAAAGUAGGAGCUACUUUUUGACAUCUUAUUAACUCAGUGCCUACCCAGCUGUUUAUUGUUGCAUCAGUCUGUCAUUUAUGGGUCUGACAUUUGAUAUAGGGGCUUCUGACAUUUGUUAGAUAGGGCCUGUCAUACGUCUGUUGGCUAGAGGCUUCUGUCUGAAGCAUGUUGGCUAGGGGCUUGUCUAACAUAUGUUGGCUAGAAGAUUUAUAGGCUUAUGUUUUACUGCACCUUGCCCAGAUUGUCCACUAACCCUAAGCAAUUUCUGAUUAAAUUGAUGAAAUAAUGUCAAAUAAUUUUUUAUCCAGUUUAUUUUUCCCCCACUUGUCCACGCAUUUAGGAACGCCAAAUUUGUAGCUAGGGAUUUCUAAGCUUGCUGGCUAUUGGUUGAAACUUGUGUUGAUUUGCCUGCCUUUCUUAUUUGUUCAUGCUUGAACUGAGUCACGAUGGUGUCAAACUCCAGUGCUUUAUUAAGACAGUCCUAUUGCACGAUCAGAUCGGGUUGGUUGGGCCAUCCAAUAAAGGAUAGUUUAGGCCACCCGGUUGACAGGACGGCCAUAAAGUGUGACAUGCAAAUGUUGCCAGGAUGGCCAUGUAGUGUCAGGCCAUGACGUAAGCUGAUUUAGACGGUGCUAACACCUUCCAUUUUUUCUGGUUGCUGGUCUAUACUGGUAUCAUUAUUUUCUAUGCUUUAACUGUUUUUUUGGCCAUGUAUUCUCUUACAAUAAAUGUUUAUA